GCCAUUUUGAAAAGAGAAAAAAAUCUCUCCCCGGCGGCGGCGGCGGCGGUGGCGGCAGCCGGGGCUGAGCGCUCGGCUGCAGCGGCGCGGAGGCCGUCUCCCUGGUCUGCCGCGGUCCCCGCCCGUCCCGCCGCCGGCUGCCAUGGCAGGAGCCGGAGGCGGCGGCUGCCCCGCGGGCGGCAACGACUUCCAGUGGUGCUUCUCGCAGGUCAAGGGGGCCAUCGACGAGGACGUGGCCGAAGCGGACAUCAUUUCCACCGUUGAGUUUAAUUACUCUGGAGAUCUUCUUGCAACAGGAGACAAGGGCGGCAGAGUUGUUAUUUUUCAGCGUGAACAAGAGGUACUGGCCCAGCCCCGCCGUCCUGCCCUGCCAUGAGGUGUGAGCAGCUUUCUCAGCACUUCCUGCAGAGAAGUCUGGCAGGGGUGUGAAUUCUCUCUUCCCUUCAGGGAGAGAGUGGUAGGAGAGGGUCAAAGGAGAACAGUUUCAACAUCUGCCCCAUGCAGCACACGCGGGGCAGUCAGCGGCGAGGCGCUCAGCUCCUGCCCGUGGAGGCUUCGGUUGAAGGAAUGCAGGAAUGCCCUGCCCGUCAGACUCAGUGCGGCGGACAGGGGCAGGCGAGGCACUCAGCUCCUGCCCGUGGAGGCUUCGGUGGAAGGAAUGCCCUGCACGUCAGACUCAGUGCAGCGAUGCGGGGCAGGCGAGGCGCUCAGCUUCUGCCCGUGGAGGCUUCGGUGGAAGGAAUGCCCUGCACAUCGGACUCUGCAGCAGUGCGGGUAAUAAAAGCCGUCCUCAUUCUAGGGGAGAAUAUAAUGUUUACAGCACCUUUCAAAGUCAUGAACCGGAGUUUGACUAUUUGAAAAGUCUAGAAAUUGAGGAAAAAAUUAAUAAAAUUAGGUGGUUACCACAACAGAAUGCUGCUCAUUUUCUACUGUCUACAAAUGAUAAAACUAUAAAAUUAUGGAAAAUAAGUGAACGAGAUAAAAGAGCAGAAGGUUAUAACCUGAAAGACGAAGAUGGAAGACUUCGAGACCCAUUUAGGAUCACGGCGCUACGGGUCCCAAUAUUGAAGCCCAUGGAUCUUAUGGUAGAAGCGAGUCCACGGCGAAUUUUUGCAAAUGCUCACACAUAUCAUAUAAAUUCCAUUUCAGUAAAUAGUGAUCAUGAAACAUAUCUUUCUGCAGAUGACCUGAGAAUUAAUUUAUGGCACUUAGAAAUCACAGAUAGAAGCUUUAACAUCGUGGACAUCAAGCCUGCUAACAUGGAGGAGCUGACCGAAGUCAUCACCGCAGCCGAGUUCCACCCGCACCAGUGCAACGUGUUCGUCUACAGCAGUAGCAAAGGGACCAUCCGCCUGUGUGACAUGCGCUCCUCGGCCCUGUGCGACAGACACUCCAAGUUUUUUGAAGAGCCUGAAGAUCCCAGCAGUAGGUCCUUCUUCUCAGAAAUAAUUUCAUCCAUAUCCGAUGUAAAAUUCAGUCAUAGUGGGCGGUACAUGAUGACCAGAGACUACCUGUCGGUGAAGGUGUGGGACCUCAACAUGGAGAGCAGGCCGGUGGAGACCCACCAGGUCCACGAGUACCUGCGCAGCAAGCUCUGCUCUCUCUAUGAGAACGACUGCAUCUUUGACAAGUUUGAGUGUUGCUGGAACGGUUCGGAUAGUGCCAUCAUGACCGGGUCCUACAACAACUUCUUCAGGAUGUUUGAUAGAGACACGCGGAGGGAUGUGACCCUGGAGGCCUCGAGAGAGAGCAGCAAACCGCGCGCCAGCCUCAAACCCCGGAAGGUGUGUACGGGGGGUAAGCGGAGGAAAGACGAGAUCAGUGUGGACAGUCUGGACUUCAACAAGAAGAUCCUGCACACAGCCUGGCACCCCGUGGACAAUGUCAUUGCCGUGGCUGCCACCAAUAACUUGUACAUAUUCCAGGACAAAAUCAACUAGAGACGCGAACGUGAGGACCAAGUCUUGUCUUGCAUAGUUAAGCCGGACAUUUUUCUGUCAGAGAAAAGGCAUCAUUGUCCGCUCCAUUAAGAACAGUGACGCACCUGCUCCUUCCCUUCACAGACACAGGAGAAAGCCGCCUCCGCUGGAGGCCCGGUGUGGUUCCGCCUCGGCGAGGCGCGAGACAGGCGCUGCUGCUCACGUGGAGACGCUCUCGAAGCAGAGUUGGCGGACACUGCUCCCAAAAGGUCAUUACUCAGAAUAAAUGUAUUUAUUUCAGUCCGAGCCUUCCUUUCCAAUUUAUAGACCAAAAAAUUAACAUCCAAGAGAAAAGUUAUUGUCAGAUACCGCUCUUUCUCCAACUUUCCCUCUUUCUCUGCCAUCACACUUGGGCCUUCACUGCAGCGUGGUGUGGCCACCGUCCGUGUCCUCUCGGCCUUCCUCCGAGUCCAGGUGGACUCCGUGGAUGUGUGGUUGUGGCCCGAGCAGGCUUAGGCGGCCCCACUCACCCACAGCAUCCGCCGCCACCCCUUCGGGUGUGAGCGCUCAAUAAAAACAACACACUAUAAAGUGUUUUUAAAUCCAAA